AAUAAAUGAAUAAUUACAUAAAUAGAGUCGAUGUGAAACAAGUGUAUAUACGUAUAUAUCCUCCUGGAAACAGCGCACAUACAAGAGGGGACGCGUCCAGCAGAGGAGAGAGGAGGGGAACACUGAUGAUGAUGAUGAUGAUGGUGAUGAUGAUGAUAGCGAGGGCCUGAGGUGCCGCUGCACACAGGGACCGGCGGACUGGUGGUGGGGAGGAUUAUCCUGGAGACGAGGAAGGAAGACAGGGAGGAGGGGGAGGCAGCAGCAUCAGCAUCAGCAUCAGCAGCGAGCAUCAUCAGCAUCAUCCGGAGAGGAGCGCUUCGUCAGGGAGGCGCGCGACAAGAAAUAGGCCGAGGGAUUUUCCCAGCUGGAUAUUUUUCUUUUUCUCUUUUAAUUUGUCUGCAUAUUUGGACCUUUUUAUGUUGUAAUUUGUCGUGCUCUCCCGAGGAUACUGGCCUUCAGGGGAGGAAAGGCAGUUCAUGCUUGUUCCAGCAACGCGUGCAGAUGAGCUCCAUCACGACUGAGACCAUAUCGGACGCUUGAUAGUCGACAGUCGGGACCUCCGCGGACAGAAGAAGAUGUCGGGUCAGACGCUGACGGACCGCAUCGCCGCGGCGCAGUACAGCCUGACGGGCUCCGAGGUGGCCCGGGCCGUGUGCAAGUCCACCACACACGAGCAGACCGCCCCGAAGAAGAAGCACCUGGAGUACCUGAUCCAGGCCACCCAGGAGACCACGGUGAACGUCCCCCAGAUGGCCGACACACUGAUGGAGAGGGCCGGCAACGCCAGCUGGGUGGUGGUUUUCAAAGCCCUGAUCACCACACACCACCUCAUGGUGCAAGGCAACGAGAGAUUCCUGCAGUUCCUGGCUUCGAGAAACACCUUGUUCAACCUCAGCAACUUCCUGGACAAAACCGGUUCCCAUGGCUACGACAUGUCCACAUUUAUCAGACGCUACAGCCGCUAUCUCAACGAGAAGGCUUUCGCCUACAGACAGAUGUCUUUUGACUUUGGACGAGUCAAGAAAGGAGCUGAGGGAGCGAUGAGGACCAUGUCAGUGGAGAAGCUGCUGAAAGGGAUGCCCACGCUGCAGAGCCAGAUCGACGCCCUGCUGGACUUUGACGUGCAUCCACCAGAGCUGAACAACGCGGUGAUAAACGCCUGCUUUCUGCUGCUCUUCAGAGAUCUGAUCAAGUUGUACGCCUGCUACAACGACGGCAUCAUCAACCUGCUCGAAAAAUUCUUCCAGAUGAAGCGAAGCCAGUGUAAAGACGGGCUGGAGAUCUACAAGAGAUUCCUGACACGGAUGACGAGGGUUUCGGAGUUCUUCAAAAUCGCCGAGCAAGUGGGAAUAGACAAAAAUGACAUACCUGAACUCACUCAGGCCCCGGAGAGUCUUCUGGAGUCCCUGGAGACCCACCUCAACACUCUGGAGGGGAAGAAGCCGGAGGAUAAGUCGCCCACUAAGCCGGACGCGACGGCCAACAACAGCUCGACGGCGGCGGCUGCUGCUGCUGCUGCUGCUGCACCGGCCAAGCAUGCGCCUCCCGCUCCAGCCGGCGGUCCCCCCGCUCGCCCCGGGCCUCCUGCCAAACCUCCCCCGCCCGCCGUCACCCCCACUGCUCCGGCCCGCACCGCCACCGCCAACGCCGCCGCUGCCGCUGCCGCCACCGCUGCCAGCAAUGCCCUUAUUGAUGAUGGGUUCUUGUUGGAUCUAGACCCGAUUUCCUCCUCGUCAACGGGGGGCGCCGCCGUUGCCUCCUCCAUGACGGGAUGGGGAGAUCUCCUGGCUGAGGCAACUCCGGCUGCCUCUGAUGGAGCUUCUGACGCUCUCCUGGCGGAGGGAGAGUCUGCCGACGCCGAUGACGCCGACGAUGCCGACGAUGCAGACGAUGCAGCUGCCGCACCCAAAGCCGCCGCCGCCGCCGCCGCCGCCGCCGCCGCCGCUGCCGCACCAGUGCCCGCCUCUCUGCCCAUCUCCGCUCCCACCGCCACCUCAGCCGCUGUCAUGGACCUUUUCGGAGAUGCGUUUGCACCCUCCCCAGGAGACGGUCCUGCCGCCGCGGCCGCGGGCCCCGCCGCUGAUGCGUUCGGUGGAUCUGACCCCUUUGCAACGACGGAGGGGAGUGCGGACAUUGCUCCCGGGCUGGACCUGUUCGCCAUGAGGCCCGCCGACACGGGGGCCGCCGCCGCCGCCGCCGCCGCCGCCUCUCCCACCUCCAGUGAGGCGCCGACCAUCGUCGUCCCCGUCGCUGCCCCCGCUGCCCCCACCCCUUCUUCCACCACCACCACCACCACCGCCACCACAGAGUCUGCAGCCGCCCCGACUCUAGAUAUCUUUGGUGAUAUGUUUGAUUCUAUGCCUGAGCAAAGCCCCGCCACAGAAUCCAAAGCUGCUACCACUCCUAGCGUAGACCUUUUCGGUGCAGACCUUCCUGCUGUUUCACGCGGGCCCUCUCCUUUGCCCGAGCUGCCUCCGCCUGGAGACAUUGUAACAGACUCGUUCGCGUCCCCGGCUGCCGCGGCCGCCCCGUCCCCAGGAGCCUCAUCUCCGCCCAGAGCAGAGCCGGCGCCAGUCAUCGACCUGCUGGACGCCUUCAGCGGCCCCGUGGAGGACGCGCAGAGCGCCGCUCCUGGAGGGCCUGCAGACGACCUGCUGGGAGGCCUGAUGUCCCCCACCCUGGCCCCCACUGCCGCCCCACCCCUGGCUCCCUUGGCCCCCGUCCCGGUGCAGAACGACCUCUUGGAGUCGGGGUUCGACGCCCUGGGCUCGCUGCUGUCUCCGACCCCACCGGUACCCGCUGCCGCUGCGGAGCCUGUGACCGCCUCACCGGCGCCCUCUGGUGGCUUCGAUGCUUCGAUGUUCGGCGGACUAGGCGACCUGCUGAUGCCCGCCGUCACGCCCCAGAGCACCGGGGGCAGCGCCGCCGGCAGCGCGGCGGGAAGCAUGGGAACUCCCGUCGCGGCGGGGGGCGUGGCGGCCGCGCCCCCGGCCGCCAAGGCCAUCGGCGGGGACCUGGACUCGUCGCUGGCCAACCUGAUCGGAGACCUGGGAGUCAAGAAAAAGGAUCCGCAGAGUGAGAAGAAGCUGACCGGAGGUGCCAACUGGACGCCAAAGGUGGCCCCCACAAGCUGGGCCACACCCGGAGCCCCCAUGGCCGGCGCCACCCCCGGAGCUCCCGGGGCACCAGGGGCAGCUCCGCCCGGCGUAGCCGUGGCGCCGCCGAUGAGCGCGCAGCCCGGCUUUGGCACGCCGGCAGCGGCAGGGCCGGGAGCCCCCAUGAUGCAGCCCAUGAUGGGGCAGCCCAUGAUGGGGCAGCCCAUGAUGGGGCAGCCCAUGAUCAGAGCUCCCUUCACAGCUGCAGCUGGAGCCGCCGCACCAGGAGCACCGAUCUCUCCCGGACCAGCGUGCCAGAGUCCCAAGAAGCCCAAGGAUCCACUGGCGGAACUCGACCUCAAGGAUUUCUUAUAACGCCCCAGCUGCUCUCCUCUCUGGAGCGGGGCCCUCUCGACUUUCAAACCUGGUGCCCGUCGACAUCUCGGGACGCCGCCGCCGUUUCAGCUUCUCGACCUUAUGACAGUAACCUUUUUCUCCACCCGCCGCCCUUCAACCCCCCCCCGACCCCCGACCCGGCCCCGCCCCUUCUCCCCCAGUGUGAUGUCGUAGCACAAAUCUGUGAAAGUGAACCAUAGCGGAUAACAUGUAAGAAAUAUAAGAGAGACGGGAAGAAAAAAAAAAAAUACAAGCGUGUGCUUAUGUAGAUGUAUCAUUCUUUUGUCCAAACAGAAACUACACAAAACCUUGGAGAAAAAAAAGUCCACAAAUGUAAGUGCGAGGAAGUGACGGCGUACGUGUUCAGUCUUCUUUCUAGUGUUGAAUGAUGGAUGUGCUUCAGUGUCUUAAGCUCCACCCCCCUGUAUCUUUGUCCCCGCCUCCUUCUGAAGGAGGAGGGGCUCCUCUUUGUCCCACUCUGACAGGAGGGUGAGAGGUUAAUGGAAACCACCCCCCCCCCCCCACCCCCCACCCCUCCAUAGAUUUCCAGACAAAACAUGUGGUGUGUUGUUUACAGAACGAUCCUCCUCGAUGUACAUAGAUUUCUCUCUGGCGAGGAUCCCGUCUCUAUUCUGUGUGUCUGUUGAGAAGAGAAAUAUAAAUGUGAAUCUGACAUGAAACCGUGCGAAGUUGUGUGAGUGUCCUGCGAUUUUUCUUCCCCCCCCCCCGUCGUCGUCAUCAUCUGAAAGUAUUUGGAAACAAUUGUGAAAUACCGCUGUAUGAUGAAUAUUCUGUAUAUUAAGAUGCAACCUCUGCGGGCUACUGACUCAUAACAGAUUAGCAAGUGAUCCUUUUAGUUUGUUUCUUUUAUUUUCUGUUUCCUUGUUUUGUCCUUGUCUUUCCUGUCUUAUUUAUAUUCUCCAGACUGAUGUUUAUAUUUGAAAAAAACAACAACAACAUAUCUGACAACUAAGUUGGAGAGAAAAAUGUUCCUCUCAUUCAUCGUAAAGGUGAAUAAAUAUUAACUGCCCUUCAAUGUAACUGUACAAGUGUCUACCUGUCUCUCUCUCUCUCUCUCGUGUCUUCAUCAUAACUUUGCGUUAUGAAGACCAGAUCAGUAUGGUUGUUUUGUAUUUGAGAUAAGACGUCCAUUGUCGUACCGAACCCUGUGUUCAGACAGCUCAAAUCAAGUGGGGGUUUUUUUCUGAUCAGAUCUAAAGUGAUGCAGCGGCAGAUUUCAAAGAAUGGCGGACGGCCACGACAAAUGAUAGAAACCUGUGGAUAUUCUUUUUUCUUUUUAAAUGAAAAAAAAGUUAUAUUUGCAUUCGGAGCGCUGUGUGUAUCGCGGAGUGUCGAGUGCAUUUGCUUCCUCAUAAAACAUUGGGGAAAGCUUUUCCAUCGUGGUGCUGCCAGUGGUCAGAAAUAAAAACACGGGGAUCCUUCAUGAUCCACGUCACCAACCUGUUGCACCAAAUGACAGUGGCCUGGCUGAAAGUAUGUACGAGAUCUAAACAGAAAUAGAUUUCAUUGCUCCUGGGUUGCUCCUCUGAUCACUGCCGACCUCAUAGUCCCAUCGGUGUCACUCCUGUACUACCGUGUGUGGCCACACGGGGGCGGUGUGUGAAGAUGUUCAGGCCAUGAUCCUGUGUUUCCCGCAAAAGCAUCUUCACACAACGCACUUUGUGUUCCCGCUGACUUACGAUGGAUUUUAAGGAGUUCUGGUGUUGACACGUGUGUGGACGGCUGUAUUCUCCCGUCCCGUGCUGAGAAAACUACGGGCGGUUAGAAAAGCGUACACGCUGUUCGAAGAGGAAUUUGGUUGUGAGAAUCAGGAGAGAAAGUGACGGGAGAUUUAUUGACAUUUUUUUUCAUGACUGAAUUAUCAAAAUUGUAUUUUUCUUUAGUUAUGAAAUUAUUUUUAUUUACGAUGGCCCCUCCCCAGUGCAUGUAAGCCCUUUGAGAUGCAAUAAAUUCAAUGACGGAUUGAA